AUGGCACCCACCCAGAUACCACAAGAGCCCAUUGCCAUCGUCGGCAGUGGAUGUAGAUUCCCAGGUGAAAGUAGCUCACCAUCAAAGCUCUGGGAAUUGCUGCAAGCUCCUCGCGAUGUGCAGACCGAAAUUCCUCCUACCCGAUUUAAUCCGCAUGCUUUCUAUCAUCCUGACAACCUGCACCAUGGUACCAGCAAUGUUCGCCAUUCCUACCUGCUCACCGAAGAUCAUCGCCACUUCGAUGCCCAGUUCUUUGGUAUCAAGCCCGCCGAGGCUCAUUGCAUCGACCCGCAGCAGCGCUUACUCAUGGAGACAGUCUAUGAAUCUCUAGAAUCAGCGGGUUUGAGAUUGGAAGAUCUCCGCGGCUCCGAGACAGCUGUCUAUGUGGGACUGAUGUGCGGCGAUUAUGCCGAUAUCGUGGUGCGGGAUACAGAGUCUUUCCCCAUGUAUCUGUCCACUGGAACCGCCCGGAGUAUCAUGUCCAACCGUAUUUCCUACUUCUUUGAUUGGCAUGGUCCCUCGAUGACUAUCGACACCGCGUGUUCUUCCAGUCUGGUGGCUGUUCACGAGGCGGCGCAGACCCUUCGUGCUGGCCGUUCUCGUGUGGCUGUGGCUGCUGGAUCAAAUUUGUGUCUUGGUCCCGAGCCUUAUAUCGCCGAAAGUAAGCUGCAGAUGCUGUCACCCACCGGCCGCAGUCGCAUGUGGGAUAGCCAAGCAGAUGGAUACGCUCGUGGUGAUGGUGUUGCAGCGGUAGUCCUCAAGACCUUGAGCGCUGCUUUGGCCGAUGGCGACCACAUCGAAUGUUUGAUCCGCGAGACGGGUGUAAACCAAGAUGGACGCACCCGAGGUAUCACCAUGCCUAGCUCUGAGGCUCAAACUCGCCUGAUUCAAGACACUUACGCCCGGGCGGGCCUCGACCCCCUGAAGCCUGAGGAGCGUUGCCAAUAUUUUGAAGCCCAUGAAGAAGGAACUGGUACCCCGACUGGAGAUCCUCUGGAGGCUGCUGCCAUUCGGCAGGCUUUCUUUCCUGGCGAUAACAACCAGGAUCGUGGCCGUCUCCUUGUUGGCUCCAUAAAAACCGUAGUCGGUCAUACAGAAGGAACGGCUGGGUUGGCGGGUGUUCUCAAGGCUUCCCUGGCUUUGCGCAAUGGCACAAUCCCUCCCAAUCUGCUGUUCAAUCAACUCAACCCGAAAAUCCAACCGUUCUACACGAAUUUGGAGAUCGCUACAGCCGCCAAACCAUGGCCUUUGCUCCCAGCCGGCGUUCCUCGACGUGCCAGUGUCAACAGCUUUGGCUUUGGAGGCACUAACGCCCAUGCGAUCAUCGAGGCGUAUGAACCUGCGAUCACCGAUCCCUCUAAAUCGACGGAGACCGAUAUUGCAUUCACUCCAUUUGUCUUCUCCGCAGCAUCAGAGAGUGCUCUCCGACGCAUGUUGGAGUCCUAUGCCCAGUACUUGAGCAAGAACCCCACUAUCCAGGCCCGCGAUCUAGGCUGGACCUUACAUGCUCGCCGUUCACGAUUCCCCUUCUCGACCGUAAUCUCAGGCACAACGACCGAUCGACUCCGGUCCAACCUUGAGACACGAUUGAAUGGCACUGAUGGCAAGCAGCCACUGACGAUCGUACAGCAAGAGUCACGACCAGAGAACCCUUGUAUUCUGGGCGUCUUCACCGGCCAAGGAGCGCAAUGGGCAACCAUGGGUCGGGCCUUAUACCAGUCGCCUCAGGUGCGUGAGAUCAUCCAGAAGUUGGACGCCUCUCUGCAGGCAUUACCUGUUGGCGACCGGCCUAGCUGGACUUUGGCCUCCGAGCUCACAGCCGACGCAUCCGUAUCUCGCAUCAAGACAGCGGAAAUCUCGCAACCCAUGUGUACGGCGGUACAGGUAGCCCUGGUUCAGUUGCUGCAAAGCGCUGGUGUUGGCUUCGAUGCUGUUGUUGGACACUCGUCGGGCGAAAUCGCUGCCGCGUAUGCUGCGGGAUUCUUGUCUGCCACGGACGCGAUUCGCAUUGCUUACUACCGUGGAUUGUGCGCGCAGCUGGCCCAGGGUGCUCGCGGCGAAAAGGGUGCAAUGAUGGCCGUGGGUACAGGAAUGGAAGAUGCAAAGGAGCUCUGCGCUGAGCCGGAGUUCCGCGGUCGCAUGUCUGUCGCGGCUGUUAACUCGUCUGCGAGUGUCACUCUUUCUGGUGAUGCUGACGCCAUCGCGCAAGCUAAGGAGAUUCUCGAUGAAGAGAAGAAGUUCACCCGUGUGUUGGUGGUCGAUAAAGCCUACCAUUCUCACCACAUGCUGGCUUGCUCAGAACGUUACCUCUCUUGUCUGGUCAAGGCACGCAUCGUUGUCUCAGUGCCGACUGAUACCAAAUGCGUCUGGUAUUCUAGCGUCCACGAGGGUCCAGUCACAGAGGCUGACUUGGCGAAUCUCACGGGCCCCUACUGGAAUGACAACAUGGUCAACCCCGUGCUGUUUGCACAGGCUGUAGAAUCAGCCCUAACUGCCCGGGGCCCAUUCAACAUGGCCGUGGAAGUUGGUCCGCAUCCAGCUCUGCGUGGUCCGGCGCAGCAGACAAUUCAGGACCUCCUUGACACUUCCUUGCCGUACAUCCCCACUUUGCAACGUGGUAUGAAUGAUGUGGAGGCAAUGGCAGAGUGUCUGGGCUUGCUGUGGCAGGGACUUGCCCCCGGAUCCGUGGAUCUCUCUAGUUACGACGCAUUUCUGUCGCAGGGGGCUGUCUGUCGUGUCAUCAAAGAUCUCCCUGGAUACGGCUGGGAUCAUGACCGUGUGUUUUGGUAUGAAUCACGCGUGUCUCGCGCGACUCGUCAACGGACCACAGCCAGCCAUCCAAUUCUCGGAACCCGCUGCCCCGAUGGUGUCGAACAGGAAUUCCGCUGGCGCAACUUCCUCAGCCUGAAGGAACUACCCUGGCUGACGGGACAUCGCAUUCAAGGGCAGAUCAUCUUCCCUGGUGCUGGGUAUAUCUCAGCAGCCGUGGAUGCUGCUCGCGCUAUGUCCCGCAACGAGUCAAUUCAGUUGGUGGAACUGCAAGAACUACUGAUUCGCCAGGCCAUUGUCUUUGAGGAUGAAAAUGCCACGGUGGAGAUUCUAGUCUCCAUCACCGACGUGACCCACCACUCCAAGGGAAUUGUCCGUGCCCAGUUUUCUUUCUACUCCGCUGUGGGUAAGGAGUCGACGCAAAUGACCUUGAACGCAUCGGGCCGUCUUGUCAUCACUUAUGGCCCGGUCAGGAAGGAUGCACUUCCAAUGCAACGUCCUUCUCUCGUGGAUAUGGUAGAUGUGCCCAGUGAGCGAUUCUACAAUGCAUUGGAUCCCUUGGGAUAUAGCUAUACCGGGCGUUUCCGAGCUUUGAAGUCGAUGCAGCGCAAGCUGGGUAUUGCUACUGGUCUGGUGACGCGACAGGAGGCGGCCGAUUUGGCGACUGUUACGCUGGAUCCGGCGAUGCUGGAUGCUGCAAUCCAGGCUGUGUUACUCGCAAAGAGCUUCCCCGGUGAUGGUGAAUUGUGGUGUUCGCAAGUCCCCAAGGUGAUUCAUCGCAUUGCUGUCAACCCUUCCCUAUGCACUCCGUCUGGCAACGGGGAAGAGUCUACCUUCCCUUUGGACGCAGUCCUCACCAUGAUGAAGGCGUCCGACACUCAAGGUGACGUUGAUGUUUAUUCUGCCGAUGGACAGCACACAAUGACCCGUAUGGAGGGUAUCCACGCGGUUCCCUUGGAAGCUGCGAAUGCGGAUCGGGAUCGACCCUUCUUUAGCGGUGUUGUCUGGGGACCAGGAGCUCCGGAUUCGCAGACAGUCAACUUCGACGCUACUGCUACGCCCGAGGAGUAUGAAUUGGCCUAUGUUCUAGAGCGGGUGGCGACGUUUUACCUGCGAAAGAUUCAUCUCGCCUUCCCCAUGGAUCAUUCUGCCCGGCAUGAAGGGUCUUAUGUGGGGCUGCUGAACUAUGCAACUCAUGUAACCCAGCAGGUGGCCAGUGGUCACCAUCGAUACACCCAACCCCACUGGGCCCGAGAUACAGAAGCCUUUAUCAAGUCUGAAAGCCAGCGGUUUCCCAACAACGUUGACUUAGCAGUUAUGCACAUCAUUGGCGAACAUGUAGUCGAUGUGAUCAGCACUCGAGCCACCAUCCUCGAAUAUCUAACUGAGGAUAAUCUGCUCAGUCGGUACUACGAGCAAGCCAUGGGUAUUGGUCAUUUCAGUGACUACCUUGCUAGUGUGGUCGAGCAAAUUGUUCACCGGUACCCACACAUGAAAGUUCUAGAGAUUGGUGCUGGUACUGGUAUGGCCACCAAGAAGGUGAUCCAACGGGUCGGACAUAGUUUCGGCAGUUAUACCUUUACCGACAUUACGAGUGGCUUCUUCGAGAAUGCCCGUGAGAUUUUCGCCAGCUAUCAGGACCAAAUGGUGUACAAGGUCCUGGACGUAGAAAAGGAUCCUGUGGCUCAAGGGUUCGGGGAGCAGUCAUACGAUCUCAUUAUCGCCUCUUUCGUGCUUCAUGCUACCAGCCACCUCGAGACGACUCUACGCAACCUCCGUCGUCUGUUAAAGCCUGGUGGCUAUGUGAUAAUGCUUGAGGUCACCAACCUGGAGCAAAGUCGCCUUGGUUACAUUUUCGGUUCCCUGCCUGGCUGGUGGCUUGGUGCCAACGAUGGGCGUGUUCUGUCUCCCUGCGUACCUACGGAAGAAUGGGAUCGGCUGCUCAAGCUGACGGGCUUUUCUGGCGUUGAUACUGCCACCUCUGACGCGGAUGCCCUUCCCUAUCCUGCUUCUGCGAUUGUUUCACAGGCUGUCGAUGAAACAGUCGACUUCCUUCGCAAUCCCCUCGGUACCUCUAGCGAUAUUGUGAACCGUGCCACCCCCGUUGUACUUAUCGGUGGUGCCUCGAGCUCCGUACGCAUGGUUCGAGAUCUCGUCAAAAAACACCUCGAUACUUGGUUCGAUCAGGUACAGGCUGUUGAGCGCUUUUCCGACUUGGUGGCAAUAUCGCCUGCCCUAUCCAAUGGGCUUCUUACGCUGAACCUGUCGGACUUGGACGAACCCGUGUUCCAGAACAUAACAGCAGAUUCCCUUGCUGCAUUGAAGCUGCUAUACGAGCGCUCGAACUACGUUCUUUGGGUUACUGAAGACGCCCAUGCUGGCAACCCGCAUCAGAAUCAGAGUCUGGGCUUUGGUCGUUCAAUGAUGGUUGAGAUGCCCCAUGUGCAAUCUCAGUUUUUGGAUCUCGAUCGAAUUACGGAGACAUCUAGUGUUGCCUCCAGAAUUGUGGAUGCCGCUCUGCGCUUCGUUGGGGUGAAUAUGCCCGAUCGUGGUGGAGAUGUUGCAAGUGCCGGUCUUCUGUGGUCUACUGAGCCUGAAAUUGCUGUUGUCGGUGACCAGGAACUAUUGCCCCGAAUCAAGCUUAACCGGUCUCAAAAUCUGCGAUACAAUGCGUCCCGUCGUGCAAUUGCUGAAGAUGUUGACAUGGACCAGAAGUCUGUCCAGCUCGUGCGUAACGGGAACAUAUACGCUUUGGAGCAGGGGUCUACAUCUGGAUUCGGGAAACAGACACCAGGUUACACCAGGAUCCGUGUCGAGGUAUCCUCUUUGAGGACUCUGCGUCUUCAAAGGGGAAAUGACUUGUACCUUGUCGCUGGUACCGUGCUGGCAACAGGGGAGAAGGUUAUUGGCUUCGCUGAUAAGAAUAGCUCAAUCGUGGACAUUCCUCCCAGCUGGAUGGUGCAUCGUCCAGAUACAUCCCCGACUGCUCUUAUCUUAUCCAUUCUCGCCCGCCUCGUCAGUCGCGCCAUUCUCUCCUCCAUUGCUCCAGGCGGAGUUUUGGUGGUCGCAGAGCCGGAUGAAUUGUUUGCACCCGUUUUGGAAUGGCAGGCGUCCCAGCAAAAGAUCCGAGUUGUCUUUGUCACGACUCGGGAAGAUGCACCCGAGCGUCCAAACUGGGUUGUGCUCCAUUCUCAAGUCCAUGUUCGCUCCUUGCCUAAGCUUGCGCCCGCCGAACCGGUCACCAUCCUGGACCUCUCGACAGGCGAGGAGCCCAGUGCGCUGGCUCUCAAGUUGCGCGCCUCGUUGCAUCCAGCCUCGGCCUUUGAACGACUGACCUCCUGGUUUAGUGAUCAUGCCCAGCAUGGCGAGAUCCACAUUCCUGCCGAAGCAAUGUUGACUAUAUAUAGACCUCCAAUGAGCCCUCCAGCUUCCAACAAGGUCAUUGCAAGCCACUCUUUCCCUGUCACGGAGGUUGCUCAGAUCUCCGUAGCGCAAUUUCCAUUGACUGCAGUAGACUGGCAGUCGACCUCGCGCAUUCCUGCCUUGAUUCGACCGGUUGAUCACUAUCCUAUGCUGAAGUCUAACAAGACAUACUGGCUAGUCGGACUCACAGGAUCUUUAGGAUUGUCUCUCUGUGCAUGGAUGAUCCAACAAGGAGCUCACAAUGUGGUUUUGACUAGUCGAAACCCGAAGAUUGACCCGAUUAUUCUCCAAGAACUGAGAUUAUCUGGUGCACGUGUGGAGAUCUAUGCCGGUGACGUGACAAACCGGGACAGUCUGCGUGGUGUUUAUGAUCGCAUCUGCCAGACUCUCCCUCCUGUAGCAGGUGUAGCCCAAGGCGCUAUGGUCCUCGUAGAUACGAUGAUCAAGGACAUGGAGGUUGACGCCAUGCAGAGAGUUCUGCAACCUAAGGUUGUGGGAAGUAUCAACCUGGACGAACUCUUCUCGGCUGAGCGCCCUCUCGACUUCUUCAUCUUUUUCUCAUCCGCGACCUGUGUCACUGGAAAUAUUGGGCAAUCGAACUACGCUGCAGCGAACAUGUUCAUGACCGGUUUGGCGGCCAACCGUAAACGCCGUGGGCUGGCAGGAUCGGUCAUGAACAUCGGUGCCAUCAUGGGUGUCGGAUAUGUUACCCGGGAGACCAGCGAAGCCCUCCAGCGCAAUCUGUUGAAGAGUGGCCACGUUUGGAUGUCCGAGCAAGACUUCCAUACGAUCUUUGCCGAGGCCAUCUUGGCAGGUACACCUGGCUCCGAUGCAAAUGUAGAGAUCACCUGUGGUUUGAGAAUUACCAACGCCUCAGAGGAACAGCGGCCUCUAUGGUCUUUUAACCCGCGCUUCCAGCACCUAGUCGUCAUGGAAGACCGGAUGGAAGAGACAGAUGGACAGGACAAGAAGGGAAUGUCUCUCAAAUUACAGCUGCGCGAAGCUCUAACGGCAGACGAUAUCUACGAGGCCGUUAAAGAAUGCUUCAUUGCCAAAUUGCAGAUCAUGCUCGGACUGGACGAUGCAGCGACCAACUCGAUCACUUCCAAGGCAGCUGAUGACUUGGGAAUUGACUCGUUGAACACCGUGGAAAUUCGUUCCUGGUUCCUCAAGGAGAUGAAGGUCGACAUCCCUGUCCUACGUAUUUUGGGCGGCGCUACCAUUGGAGAGAUCAUCAAGUUUGCCUUGGAGAAGCUGCCGUCCGAAAUGACUCCCAGUCUGGGUUUGGCUCCUGCUGCUGGCGCUGCUUCAAAGGCUGCAUCUCAACCCAAGCCCAAGCCGAAGGUGGUUGUGGAGCGACGAAACGUUCCUAGUCUUCAGAAAAAUAUUGUCCGCCCUGCCGGGUCUCGCACGAGCUCCAGUGCGACUGGCACCUCGAAGUCGGUUUCGCCCGCACGCUCUGCGGAUGCAUCCUCUUCACAGACUAGCGAGGCGACCAGCCCUUCAAUCCACAUGGCGGAAGUGACGAAAUCUCUCAAAUCUCUUACUCCUCUUCCCAGGGCUGAUGUGGGGGGCUCCAAUAUGGGCAGGGUCAUCACUCCCGUCGAACAGAAACUCAGCACGGCUGCUCUCUCAGUCCGCAAUGAACUACUCUCUUUCGGACAGUCCCGCUUCUGGUUUUUGAAGCUCUUCCUGGAAGACCAGACUACCUUCAACAUUACCUGUCUCUUGCGGAUGACAGGGCCACUAUCUGUCGAUUCUCUGUCUCGCGCUGUUACUGUGGUCGGACAGCGUCAUGAAGCCCUUAGAACAAGCUUUACCGUUGAAGACGGACAAUCUCCUAUGCAAACAAUUCUUCCCGAGUCAACGCUCAAGUUGGAGCGCCAGGAGUACCGGACCAUGGCCGAUGUCAAUGCAGCGACGAAGAAGUUGACCCAGCAUGUGUACGAACUCGAAUCAGGAAAGCUCAUGCGAGUCAUUUUGCUCUCCUCCACGUCUGACAGCUCUGUCCACUAUGUUCUCAUUGGUUACCAUCACAUCAACAUGGACGGAGUCAGCCUGGAAGUCUUCCUUGCCGACCUCGAAAAGGCCUAUCGGGGUCAAGCCCUCAGUUCAGACCUUCUGCAGUACCCUGACUAUGCCGCCAAGCAACGCCAGGAACGCAACCAAGGGGCAUGGCAAGAGGAUCUGACCUUCUGGAAAAAUGAGAUGACGGGCAGUAAUUUGGAGUUUCCGCUUCUGCCUCUGGCCGCUGUUGCCAUUCGCAAACCUCUAACUCGGUACAAUCAUCACCGCGUCGAGCAACGUUUGGAUGCUAGGAUUGGUGCUCAGGUCCGACAGCUGUGUCGGUCUAUCAGGACGACUCCUUCGCACUUCUACCUCGCUACAUUCACUGCUCUGCUCGCCCGCCUCGCUCAGACCCGUGAGGUCUGGGUGGGCAUGGCGGACGCAAACCGCAUCCAGGCCGAAACUGCUGACAGUAUCGGCAACUAUCUGAACCUUCUAGCUCUUCGCAUGCAAUACGAUCCCGAGCAAUCAUUCGCAGCGAGUGUGCAGGCGGCACGCAAGAAGUUUUACGGGGCACUCGCGCAUUCGCGCGUUCCCUUCGAUGUUGUACUCUCUGAACUGCAAGUGCCUCGGUCCUCCACUCACAGUCCGCUAUUCCAGGUCUUCAUGGACUACCGUCAGGAUGUACGAGAAAAACGCAUGUUCGGGGACUGCCAGUUUGAGGGUGUCGAAUAUGAGAUGGGUCGGACCGCAUAUGACAUUGCUCUCGAUGUGGUGGAUACCGCAGACGAUGGACCGCUGAUCAUCAUGGGCCUGCAAGAGUCGCUCUACAGCGCUGAUGCCGCCCAGACGCUGCUUAAUAGCUUCCUGGCUAUGGUUUGUGCAUUUGCCGAGGACUCGAAGCAACCUGGAGGUCAGGUCUCUUUGUUCGGCGCGUUGGAUCUUGAAAAGGCCCUAGCUUUAGGCAAUGGUCCUGUUGUCCCGUCUCAGUGGCCAGCGACGCUUUCCCACCGCAUUGAUGACAUGGCGAAGCAAUAUCCUCAGAAGCUGGCAUUGAAUGACGGUGAUAAGUUGCGACUUACGUUCCAAGAGAUGAGCCAGCGAGUUGACUCGAUCGCGUCUGCUUUGCUGAGUGCCAAUUUCAGCCACCAACAGCGCGUGGCCGUCUUCCAACACCCAUCCAGUGACUGGAUUUGUUCAAUGCUGGCUAUUCUCCGGGUUGGUGCGACAUAUGUUCCUCUUGACUUGCGUCUGGAGCUGGCUCGACUGCGUUCUAUUGUCCAGGACUGCGAGCCGACUGUCGUCCUAGUCGAUAGUCACACCCAAUCCCAGGUAUUGGAUCUCAUGCUUACUCGCCCUGCACUGACCAUUAAUAUUGGAGACCUGCCACGCAUCGCUCCCUUCCCAGUCACGAACCGUGCUGCAGCCGAAGACGAGGCAGUUAUUCUAUACACCAGUGGCUCGACAGGAACUCCCAAGGGCAUUCCACUGACCCAUGAAAACCUUCGGGUCAAUAUUGAAGGCAACGAGGCCGAGUUCCAAUUUGGCCCGGAUGAUUCUCUUUUGCAGCAGAUUGCCUUCAGCUUUGACUUUUCCGUCUGGCAGACAUUCAUGGCACUAGCCAACGGUGCCUCUCUUUUCAUCGCUCCUGUCACCCACCGCGGAGACCCAGUCGCUCUCAUGGAUCUUGUAGUUCGCGAGGGUAUCACCAUCACUGGCGCAACUCCUUCUGAGUAUCGCAGCUGGUUCCAACAUGGCGAUCUGGCCCGCCUCAAGAUAUCGCAGUGGAAAACCGCUGUGAGUGCAGGAGAGGCCAUGACUACCAACAUGAUUCGUGAUUUCCAAGAACUUAACAAACCUGAUUUGAGACUUGUGAAUGGAUACGGGCCCACCGAAGCCAGCAUGUCGUCGAACAAGCUUGUUGUGCCUUAUCUUACCAACAAGGAUCAUCCUGAAGAGUGGAUGGAGAAGGGAUCUGUAGUAGCAGGCUACACGGCUCCUAAUUAUUCCAUCUACAUUGUUGAUGAAGCCAUGAGCCUGCUUCCAGUUGGCCUUCCAGGUCAGAUCCUGAUCGGUGGCCCAGGUAUUGCAUCUGGUUACCUCAACAACAAAGAGCUCUCCCGCGCCAGAUUCAUCGAUGAUAAGCACGCCAGUCCUGAGCAGCGAGCCUGCGGGUGGCGAUGGGCGCACCUGACCGGCGACCGAGGACGUAUUGGUGCUGAUGGACGCCUGCGCAUCGAAGGCCGCAUCGAGGGUGAUACUCAGGUCAAGCUGCGCGGUUACCGAAUUGACCUGCAGGACGUUGAAGCCGCCAUCUUGAAAGCGUCACCUAGUGCUUUCAAGGACCUGGUCGUCUCGCUCCAUCAGGCGACCCAAGCUCUCGUUGCACAUGUUGUGUUCAGCCAAGAUUACCCAGAACGCAAACGCUCGCAGGCGCUCGAGAUUAAGUCUCUGGAGCUCCCGCGGUACAUGUGGCCUGCUCGAAUUGUUCCAAUUGAUCAGAUGCCCGUCACAGUUCAUGGAAAGCUCGACCGCAAGGUACUAAAGACCAUGGACCUCCCUGCCAUUGAGCCAAUCAAGCAGACUUCGACUGCCCAUCUCAACGAGACACAGGCUCAAUUAGUCAAUCUAUGGGAGGAAGUCAUCUCAAAGGACAUUUUGGCUGCCCACCAUAUUGUUGCCGAGUCUGACUUUUUCGCCGUUGGCGGUACCUCGAUGCUUCUGGUUGACCUACAGCGACAGAUCAAGAGCCAGUUCAAGAAGGAGAUAGCACUUGCAGAGUUGUUCUCAGCGAACACUAUCCAGAAGAUGGCUCUUCUUAUCCAGCCGCAAGAAGAGAUUGCUACUCCCACUGCCGUGGACGUCGCUUUGCCCUUCUCUCCAUCUCUUUUAGCCCCAACUACGAUUGACUGGAGUGAGGAAGUUCAACUCCCCUGUGCCCUUCGCGAGCAGAUCAGCAGCGGCACUACAGUGUCUGUGCCCGUGAAGAGCUCCGGUCUACGCAUCGUUCUAACCGGUGCCACGGGCUUCAUCGGCCGGGCUCUCCUACAACAGCUUACUUCUAACCCCGCCAUCAGCACAAUCCACUGUAUCGCCGUGCGCAACACGUCCACCAUUCCUGCUCACGACAAGAUCCUUGUUCACGCCGGCGACUUGGCUCAUGCCUCCCUAGGUCUCGCUCCGGGUGAAGCGCAAGCCAUCUUCCGUGAAGCCGACGCCGUUAUUCACAACGGGGCGGACGUCAGCUUCAUGAAGUCGUACCACUCGCUGCGACGCACCAACGUCGAAUCGACCAUCACCUUAAUCCAGAACUCCCUCUCUCGCCAGAUUCCCUUCCACUACAUCUCGUCCAGUGGGAUCGCCAACCUGGCCGGCACCACAACCUUCGCCGAAGUGUCGGCGGCCAGUUUCACGCCACCGGCUGACGCAAGCCAGGGCUAUCUUGCUACCAAAUGGGCGUCUGAGAGGCUUCUAGAGGAGGCGCACCGCGAAUGCGGUCUGCCCGUCUACAUCCACCGGCCCUCCAGCGUGACAGGGAGUAACGCUCCUCCCUUGGAUCUAAUGGACAACCUCAUGGCCUACGCGCGUCGUCUCAAGGCGGUACCCAUGCCUGAGCGCUCGUCCUGGAAGGGGUACCUGGAUUUCGUCCCCGUGGAGCAGGUCGCCCGUGACGUCGCGGGAGACGUGUUUUCCGCUGCUGGAACGGUCCCGUCAGCGCGGGUGAGCAAGGUGCACUAUAUCCAUCACCUUGGCCGCCAGGUCUCUUUGACUGGAGUUCAGACAUAUCUCGAGCGGGAGACCGGGGCCGUGUACCGUGCGUUGAAGAUGGACGAGUGGUUGGAGGAAGCUGCACAGGUGGGAAUGGAUACGUUGCUACGCGCGUAUCUGGAGAGUAUGGAUAAGGAGGAUGUCAAGGUCGUGUUUCCCCGAUUGGUGGCCAGCAAGAGGCACGCAUCGACUGCGGGUGUGGUGAAGGGAGUGAAGACUGGGGAAUCAUGGUUGGAAAAGGGCAAGACCUUGUUGUUUUCUUGGUGA